CGAGGGCGCGGCGGGCAACGGGACACUGACCCAGCGGCCCCGAGUCGGUGCCCAGGCCGUCCUGUGCCACUCGGACCCGAGCCUGCAGUGAACCUCGGGCCGCAGGCGCCUCCGCAUGCUGCAGCGCAGUUAGGGAGAUGCUGCAGGAUAAGGGCCUGUCGGAGAGCGAGGAGGCCUUCCGGGCCCCGGGCUCGGCGCUCGGCGAGGCCAGCGCUUCCAACGCCGCCAACAACCCCGAGCCCGCGCUGGCCGCGCCGGGCCUCAGCGGAGCCGCGCUCGGCAGCCCCCCGGGCCCAGGCGCCGACGCCGCCGCCGCCGCUGCCGCCGCCGAGCAGACCAUCGAGAACAUCAAGGUGGGCCUGCAUGAGAAGGAGCUCUGGAAGAAGUUCCACGAGGCGGGCACCGAAAUGAUCAUCACCAAGGCGGGCAGGAGGAUGUUUCCCAGCUACAAGGUAAAAGUCACAGGCAUGAACCCUAAGACCAAGUACAUCCUGCUGAUUGACAUCGUCCCUGCGGAUGACCACCGCUACAAGUUCUGUGACAACAAAUGGAUGGUGGCCGGGAAGGCUGAGCCCGCCAUGCCAGGAAGGCUCUAUGUCCACCCCGAUUCUCCUGCCACCGGGGCCCACUGGAUGCGGCAGCUAGUCUCUUUCCAGAAGCUGAAACUCACAAACAACCACCUGGACCCCUUCGGUCAUAUCAUCCUCAAUUCCAUGCACAAGUACCAGCCACGGCUACACAUCGUGAAGGCUGAUGAGAACAAUGCUUUUGGCUCCAAAAACACAGCCUUCUGCACCCAUGUGUUCCCAGAGACUUCCUUCAUCUCUGUGACCUCCUACCAGAAUCACAAGAUCACACAGCUGAAAAUUGAGAACAACCCUUUUGCCAAGGGAUUCCGGGGCAGUGACGACAGCGACCUGCGUGUGGCCCGACUACAGAGCAAAGAAUAUCCUGUGAUCUCAAAAAGCAUCAUGAGACAGAGGCUUGUCUCCACCCAGCUCUCAGCCAAGCCUGACGUCAGCCCCCUGCAUGGUGCCCACCAGGCGCUCCAGCACUACCAGUAUGAGAAUGGUGCUCACGUGCAGUUUGCUGCGGCCGAGCCACAGGACCUUCCCCUCAACACCUUCCCAGCCCAGAGGGACUCCAGUCUCUUCUAUCACUGCCUGAAAAGACGAGCAGACAGUGCCCGCCACCUGGACCUGCCCUGCAAGCGAUCCUAUCUGGAGGCUCCCCCUGCAGUGGGGGAGGAUCAUUACUUCCGCUCUCCCCCUCCCUAUGACCAACAGAUGCUGAGCCCCUCCUACUGCAGUGAGGUGACCCCAAGAGAAGCCUGUAUGUACUCAGGUUCAGGGCCCGAGAUUGCUGGGGUGUCUGGUGUGGACGACUUGCCCCCACCCCCACUGAGCUGUAACAUGUGGACAUCGGUCUCACCGUACACAAGCUACAGCGUUCAGACGAUGGAGACUGUGCCUUACCAAUCCUUCCCCACACACUUCACCGCCACCACUAUGAUGCCUCGGCUGCCUACUAUCUCUGCUCAGAGCUCCCAGCCACCAGGAAACACCCACUUCAGCGUCUACAAUCAGCUCUCACAGUCUCAGGUCCGGGAGCGGGAGCGGGGGCCCGCCGCCUCCUUCCCCAGGGAGCGAGGCCUCCCUGCAGUGUGUGAGAGGAAGCCACCCUCUCCACACUUGAAUGCUGCCAAUGAGUUUCUCUACUCUCAAAGCUUCUCCUUGUCCCGGGAGGCUUCCUUACAAUACCAUUCAGGAAUGGGAACUGUAGAGAACUGGACUGACGGAUGACUCCCAUGUCUCUCGACAGCCCCAGGACCAUGUUCAUCCAGUGUUAACCUCUGUGGGUGGCCUGCACUACCAAGAAACACAGGAAGGUAUUUCAGAGGGUGUGAUGUAUGCGUGUGUGUGUGUGUGUGUGUGUGUGUGUGUUUGUACAUGCGUACAUUUGGAGAGCAUCUAUCUUUUGAUAUACGAUUGAGGCCAUGACAA